AGUAUCAUCCAUAGACCAAAUUCAUAGUCUCUUUUCUUUCUCAUCUAAAUUAAUUGGAGCUGAAUCUGCUCUUACUUCUGUGCUUAACGUUGUGAUGCGAAGAAGAACAGAUGUCUUCAUACGAGAAUGUGAUAGUGGGCAAGCUGAGGCUGAAGGGGAAAGCGCUGGAAGUGAAGACAGAUGGCAUUAAAAAGAAGAAAAAGAAGCACAGGCACCACCAUUCUCCUCUUUCGACAGAUAAAGAGUGGGUUUCAGGCUUACCAGCUAUUCAAGUUCCUGACCAACUUUAUGAGCAUUGUGUCUUAAGAAAGAAGCACAUAGAUCCAUUUCCUACAAAGCAGGCAUUGAGAGCCAAAAGCCCACUUGAGCUUGUGCAUUCAGGCUUAUGCUACAUGGACGCUCCUUAUAAUAGAGGUAACAAAUACUUCAUUAUUUUCGUUGAUGAUUUUAGUAGAAACGCAUGAGUAUAUUUUUUGAAGCAUAAAUCGGAUGCAUGUGGAAUAGUUAAGAAGUAUGUGCAAUAUAUUGAAAGAUAAAGUGGUUACCUUCUCAAAACUUUAAGAACAAACAAAGGCAUAGAAUAUAUUGUUUGUGAUGAUUUUUUGAUGAAACAUGGAAUUAAGCAUCAAUUAACAGUUAGAUAUAUUUCUCAACAAAAUGGAGUGGUAUGACGAAAAAAUAGAACUGUUAUGGCUAUGUUGAGAAGCAUAAUGCAUUGUAAGAAGUUACCUAAGAGUUUUUAGGCAGAAGCAAUUGCUUGUGUAGUUUAUAUUUUAAAUAGAUAUCAUGUUAAAUGUGUUCAUGAUAAAACACCACUAGAAGUACGAAGCAGACAAAAGUCUAAUUUAAGUCAUAUGAGAGUAUUUAGUUGUAUCGCUUAUUCACAUGUACCAAAUGAGUUAAAGAAAAAACUUGAUGAAAAAGCAAACAAAUGCAUUUUUAUUGAUUAUAGCAUGGAAACAAAGGUCUACAAACUGUACAACCCAAAGACCCAAAAGGUAAUUAUUAGCUGUGAUGUUACUUUUGAUGAAGAUGGAGUAUGGGGAUGGUUUGAAGAAAAAAAGAGAUCACAAUCAGUUCCAGUGUUCAUAAACAAUGAAACAAAAAGAAGUAAUCACACUGGUGAGUAGUCUUCUCCCCUAGUUUCUGAAGAAUCAUCUGGUAUCGCUCCAGAAGCUUUAUCUCCUCCUAUAUUAAGACCUUCAGAACGAGAUCAUUAUUCACUUACUUAUUUAAAAGAUUAUGAAGUUAAUAAUGAUUUCGAUGACGAUGAAGAUGUUG